UCUACGGCGUAAUUUGACCGAAACACCGGAUGUUAAUCAAACAUGGCAGCGACCUUGCGUAAUGUGUGAGAGACCAAUAGAGACCGAUAUUAAUUAAAAUUCUUAAGAAAUAAUUAAUUAUUAAGCUUAUAUUUUCAUAUAUAAUAUAUUUGAAUAUUACAUUCAAAAAAUGUUAUCAGUACUAAAGAACGUAUUUUGGGCGUUUUCCCGGACAUCAAGCCAGCCAGAUGUCCUGCAGAGAAACUUGAAGGUUUUGACAGCAGGGUUGAGGACUUAUGAAGUGCCACCAGACUUCAGUGAUGUGGUUUUACCUGACAGGCCUAAACUGAAAUUCCUCAAUAAGGUCCCGAACUUCAAAAAAGCGAAGAAGGAGAUGAAGAGGUUGCGUGACAUUCAGGGACCAGCCAAAGCAGCAAACACCUUUAACAAGGGACAGUAUGGUAUUGUGGCUCUGGGUGGCGGUUACCUACACUGGGGUCACAUGGAGAUGAUGCGGCUCACUAUUAACCGGCGCAUGGACCCGCGCACAACGUUCGCUCGCUGGCGCAUUAAUGCACCAUACAAGCCGAUCACUCGUAAAGGACUCGGCCAGCGCAUGGGUGGUGGCAAAGGUGCCAUCGACCACUAUGUGACUCCGGUGAAAUGCGGUCGGCUGAUAAUAGAGGUCGGAGGUCGCGUUGAGCUUGGUGAGUUUGAGGCAGUGCUGACUGAGGUUGCCAAGAAGCUCCCCUUUCCCGCCAAGGUUGUGAGCAGAGAGAGUUUGGCAGCGUUGCAGCAGGAACAAUCCGAGAGGGAAUCCAACAAUCAAAACCCCUGGACCUUUCAGAGAAUCGCCCAGUCCAACAUGCUUGGUAUUCGCAAAGUCCUCAGUCCAUUUGACCUACACAAACACGGACGAUACACUGGGAAAUUUUUCAACCCUGAAAGAGUGUAGAUUUCUUUCAGAGAUAACAUCGCAGAACUUUAUCUUGUAAUGUCAAAGCGUAGCUGAUGACAAACGCUGUUCUGGCGAGCUCUAUGAGACGGAUGUGGUGAACUCUAAUAUUCAUAAUGUUUUUAAUAGAUGUGAGAUUGUUAUCACCUGCUUUUUGUGGUCAUAACAUGUUCUGGUAAGGAGUUUGCAGCCUUGAUAAUGGAGGUGUUAAACAGGAAAUGCCAUAUUACCUCAAGAGAAGUAUUAAAGAGAAAAUUCUCUUAUCAUUUACUCACGCUCAUGCUAUCCCAGAUGUGUAUGUUUUUUAUUCUUCUGCAGAACACAGUUUUUAGAAGAACAUCUCAGCUCUGUAGGGCCAUAUAAUGCAAGUGAAUGGUGACCAGAACUUUGAAGCUUUAAAAAGCAUGUAAAGGGAUCUUGACAUUGCAGUCUCUAGACACAAUCAUGAUUUCAAGCUAAAUUACACUUCCUAGUGCUUGAGGCAUGCACAGAGCACUAGAUGGUGCUAGUAAGUGUAAUCGAGCUUGAUAUCAUGAUCGCCAAGGAGACUGCUGAUAUCUGGAUUUAUAGUGAAAAAGGAGUUAUAUUUUAGUCUGUUCUCACCCACACCAAUCAUAUCACUUCUGAAGACAUGGAUAAAACCACUGGAGUUGUAUGGAUUACUUUAAUGCUGCCUUUAAGAGCUUUUUGGAUCUUCAAGGUUUUGGUCACCAUUCACUUGCAUUGUGUGGAACUACAAAGCAGAAAUAUUGUUCUACAACUCUUUGUGUUCUUCAGAAGAAAGAAAGUCAUGCACAUCUGGGAUUGCAUGAGGGUGAGUAAAUGAGGCAAUUUUCAUUUUUGGGUGAACUACUCCUUUAAUGCCCUAAUAUUUUAACAGCAGGGCAGAAAUGAUAAAUGUGAUUUGUAUAUUUUCUGUUGCUGUUGUUGCAUUCUGUUAUCAAAUGUCGAAAUUCCCAUAUGUUUCUUAAGAAGAAUAAACACUGUGCUUUUGA